AUGCCACCCUUGAGCUGUCAAAUUUACAGCGAAGGACUCGCGUCUCUGGGAAACGGAUAUGCUCUCUGGGAGCCUGACCCUCAAGGUGACCCUCAAGUUGAAUUAGGCGACGUGGGGUACAUUCGGAACGGUGGCUUCCAUCGCUUGUUCAACGUACACCUUCAACCCGACGAUCCCUCUCAGCCUCGUACCUUGCCUCAGGGCUUCGAGGUCUUGUCAUCUGAAUCGUCUCGUAUACGUCCUCGCACUCUGCGACCAGGUGCAUAUUUUUCACAUGGUGUGAGGUCGACUGAGCUCGCAAGUUCAAUAUCAGUGCCGACAGUGCCGUUGAGAAGCGGACUCCAAUUCUCAUGUCACAGACAGCAAGGCGCGAUCCUAGCAUUCCCGAGUGAUGCACAGGCUCAGGAUGUACACAAUAUAGAAGCAUUCAGAAGAUUCAUACUUGCCAACAUAGAUCAGUGGUUUAGGUAUGCCGAGUCGCUGGACCUUGGCCUUGACAUGGAGGAUAUCUUACUGGUAACUGGACGUCAUCUCACCACAUCAUGGGCUGUCGCCGCAUUUACACACACAACGAGUGAUGCAACGAUUGAAGUGGAUCUUGGAGUCACAGUUUCUGCGAGCGCAUCCAUCUCGUGGAAGAAUUGCGUAAAUGUCCAGUAUAAUUGGGGGCCAGGUCAGAACGUUUUAACCCUGGGCAGUCAACAAGCUGAUACUAAUGGUUGCCCUACGUCGGUCAUAGAUCAACAAAGUGCUCCUGUGCAGAAUCAAUGCAUCUUUAUCCGAGGGUUUUGCGCGAAACGGCGACCUCUCUUCCCAGGGUUGCGAUUGAAGGCAGCGGCUGAGCCAAAGGAUCUGGAGAAGAACAAGGAUGAUGACGACGUACAGCCCGGUGUUCGAGCUCACGAUGACAACGAAGGACUAUCCUCAUCAAGCGAUGAAGUGGCCCUGGAAAUCGAAUCGUUCCCUGAGGUCCACGAAGUAAGUCAUGCAGUGUUUGCAUAA